AUGGGGACAUGGAAAGCCGACGAUGAGCCGGGAACUGUCUGGCCAAGAGACCUUUUGCCUCUCCCUCACUAUCUUCCGGAUGUGAGGGUCGUUUCCUUCAAGUACAACACGUCACUCAACGGGACAACUAGCCAAGCCGGCAUCCGAGAUCAUGCCAAUGAUCUCUUGGUCUGGCUGUCCAACGACAGAGAAGACGACGAGGCCGCAUCGCUGAGGCCUCUGGUUUUCGUUGGGCACAGCCUUGGUGGGAUCAUCAUCAAAAGAUAUCAAAACCUCUGGGAUGCCAGUCGAGGCGUCAUGUUCUUUUCAACGCCCCAUCUCGGCCUGAGCGAGGAAAAAUGGAGAGAAUUUGCCCACGAGGUGUUACUACGCCGUGCUCCAUCCAAGGGGGUUGUGCCCACCAAAAGGAUGCUGAAAGAGUUGCGAGUCAACAGUAUCAUGCUCGACAGCGUGACCGAAGACUUCCUACCUCUCCAACCCGAUCUAUCCUUUGUGACGUUCAUUGAGACCAUCCCAAUGAAAGGCAUGAAGAAUGUCCCGACUGACCGCCACAAGAUGGUCAACCACGUGUAUGGGUUUACCCGUACACCGACAGAAACUCCUCGCCGUUUAACUGGAGAUCACAUCGGGCUCUGUAAGUUCAAGAAUCAUGAAGACGACAUGGGCGAGUUUGAGCUCGUUCAGGAUGGGAUCCGCGCUCUGAUCGACGACGAGCCCAGAGCCGUACAUCGUCUCAGGUAUCAGGAGAAACGAGCGCUGCACUCAUUGUGCCCGACGUCAUUCCAUUGUCACACCCUGCGUCAGAAACCCACCAAAGAGACCUGCGCUUGGAUAUUCGAGACGCCUGCGAUGGGACGUUGGCUUGCCAACAACUCCGGCGAAGAAAAGCUUUGGAUCUACGGCCCGCCGGGCUGCGGAAAAAGCUUCCUCGCACAACACAUCAUCACAAGGCUCCAGGAGGGAAAGACCGCGGCGCAGCAUGGGGUGAUCCAUUGUGCUCUCAGCGACUCCCAUCCAUCCCGGGGGGACUUGCAAGCGCUUCUGCGCGCCACUUUGCAUCAAGCGGUACAUCUCGUUCCUGAACUGGUCACGAAAUUUCUACUACCUACAUUCGAAGCAGCACAGAGCCGAGACAAUCACAAGCAACAGAUCUGGACGAGGGAGGUUCUAGUCCAUAUCUGGGCCGACACCAUGGCCGAGGUUAUGGCCCGCCAGUCGUUGACUUUUGUAAUCGACGGGCUUGAUGAGACCAGCAAGGAAUGUCAAGAGACGUUUUUUGACUGUCUGGAUGGGCUCGCACAGAAAGCCCAGGCGACAUUCGAACGACUUAAACAAGGAAUAGGAGAGGUAACUUCGCCCAAAAUGAGUUUCCUUGUUAUCUCCCAAGGAGAUGGAUACAUCCGCGAGCGCCUCGGUCAUCUGGGAUUCGAGUCAUACAACAUUCAGCCGCAGGAUACCAACAGGGAUAUCAAGACGACCGCCCGGACUGGCCUGCACCCCCUUUGGAAAGCUAAAAGGCGCGGCACGGGUGAUCAACUGGAACAAAUAUGCAGCAGGAUUGCCGAUAACUCCAAGGGAUCAUACCUGUGGGCGGCCCUUGUGGUGGAGAUACUCAGGCGAUCCCGAACGACAAGUGAGAAGGAUGCCUUAUUCCUUCUCGAGCGAUAUGUGGAAGGCGACGUCGAUGAUCUCUACUCGCACAUUUUGCUCGGGCUCACCAACAACGCCAAAAGCGCCACCUUUGUCCAGCAAGUUCUCCAGUGGGCCGUCUUCCAGCAAGAAGGCCUGAAACUCUCUGAGUUCAAGAUUGUCGACGCACUCACCAAAGCAACAGAAGACAACCCAGGCCAAACCAUCACCCCCGAAAUGCUGGGUUCUUGUUUCAACGAUAACAUCAAACUCCGCGUGGAGUUCCACUGCGGCCACCUCGUGAAGUUCCAAGACGACGGCCGGCUCUCCCUCGUCCACCGAAGCUUCAAACACCACCUCAAGCACACCAAAGCCAGGCCCACCCCCGCUUCCUCUUCCUCGCCCUCCCCGUCCAACCUCAACAACCCAAACGCCUUCCUCGACUCCCAAACCGCCCACGCCGCCCUCGCCAACCUCUGCAUCACCUACCUCACCAUGCCCUGCUUCGACAGCACCCAAUCCAACCCCCACCUCCCCAUCCCCAUCCCCAUCCCCAUCCCCAUCCCCAUCCCCCCUCCAACAACAACAAAACAACCACCUCCUCCCCACCCACAACAACAACCCGCCCCACGCACCUCCACCAUCCCCACCCCCAACCCCCACACAUUCACCGCCUUCGAAUCCCGCCUCCCCCACCUGACCAAGACCCACCCCUUCCUGCGAUACGCCGCCCUGCACUGGCACGAGCACGUCGCCGCGGCGGGGCCCGCCUGGCCCGGGAAGGGAAAGGGACGGAAGAUGUUGAUGGAACACCGCAGCUGGCUGGAGAACGGGGAGAAUCCGUAUGGGAGGUGCUGGGCGGAGGUGUGGUGGUUUUUUGUGAGGGGGGUGGAACAGGCUUUUCCGGAGGGGGAUAUGAAGGGGUUGGUGGGGGGGGUUGUGGGGGAGGUGAUGGGGGAGGGGGUCGAGGAGGGUGGUGGUGGUGUACCGGUUGGUGCUGUUGAUUCUUCUGCGCCUCAUUCUACUCCUGCUUCUGCGGUUGUGGGUGUGGUUGGGGAUGGGGGUAGGGCUGGGGGUAGGCAUCGGGGUAGCGAUGAUGGUGGGGGAAGUGGUGGCGAGGUUGACGCGGUUGGUCACGCGGUUAAACGCAAGAAGCAGACACAAGGUGGCGUUGAACGGAACUCCGUGGGUAUAGAGGGGAGCUCUGAAAGGGAGGACGAGAGGUUGGAUUCGGAUAAAAGGGAUGGCUCGGACGCCCCGCCAAAAGACAGGUCCACAAUUACAACCCAAAAUGGUGGGGGAGAGAUACCCAAACGGGAGACGGGAAAACAAGAAGUGGUAUACGUAGAGAAGAUAGUUUACGUCGAUCGGCCGGUGGUGGACGUUCAAACCGUGGAAAAGACAGUGGUUGAAAAGGUCACAGAGAAAGUGGAGAAGAUAAGGGAAGUGGAAGUGGAAAGGAUCAAGGAAGUGAGAGUGGAGGUGGACAAGACACCGCCAAAGAAGCAAAAGAUACAGUUAUCAAAAUGGGGGCGUGUGAAGAAAACGAGUAUGAAGCUUGUGAAGGAAGUAUUUGCGAAAUAG